AUGGCUGGCACAUGCUCCAUACUCUGCUUGAUUCUUAUUACCUUGUUCAUACCUCCUCUCGGUGUGUUUAUGAUCUCGGGUUGCAGUGUUGAUCUGCUUAUCAAUAUACUCUUGACGAUUCUCGGAUGGUCUCUGACCGAGUUCACAUUGUGCAGGUACUUACCCGGUCAUAUUCACGCAUUCUACCUGGAAUACGUAUACUACGCCAAUCGCAACGCAGGGACAGGCGAAGCACCACGUCGCGCGCCGGGAGUCUAUUCCGAGCGGAUUCAGCGCGGGAGAAAUCAUCACACGACGUAUGGCACGAUCCCUUGA